UGACAGGUUUCUGCACCAGCGCAAUGUUGGCCGUGAUAAUUCCCAGGACAGUGCAAUUGCCCUGGACGAGGACAACGACGGCCCGGGGGACGAGGAAGGAGGAAGUGUCGGCCCGCAUGACGAUGGCGGUAAUGAAACAGAUGUGGAAGUUGGGGAUGAUAACAUGCAAGACCGGGGCGCGAUUGCUGACGACGAGGCCGACACGCCAAUGCAUGGUCAUGACAUAUCCCACGCCGGUGAUGUGGGAGCCGCAGGUGGUCAGCCCUCGACGUCCCGUGGGAUUUCGCUAUCGCAAAGCAGGAGUAAGGGUGGGCACGACUCACAUGCAAUGCAAGGAACGAAGGCGAAGAAAAGGACAAGAGAAACUUCUCCGACCGCUUCUAAUCACAAGAGGCAAGCCAGAACUGACGCUGUUAAUGAGUACGACGAGCAAGGCUUUGCUACACAAGACGUCCAUACUCUUCACGUGGACGUCAUGAGAAUCAAACGCAUUCCCCGCGGGAGGAUUCUUUUCAACCACCGCUCCUUGUCUGGAAACAUUGUGCGAAGCAUCGAGAAUGCCAUAGAGAGCUCCAUCAGCACGGACCCGGGGGCGUGGGAUAGGCCCGAGCUCGUGCUUGCGCCAGUUGACCACAAUGACAUUGUAGGCGGCCAGGGAAGACGGAUCACGCCGGCCGAAUUCUUCAAGAGGGACCCGGCAGAUUUUGACUGGUACGCUGUCUGUGGUCAGCAUACCGUUGAGGUCAUGAAGAGAUUGGUCAGAAAUGACUCCCCGACAGUUAAAGUUUAUGGCCUCCAGGUGUACUCUAAGAUGUUCAACGAAGGAAAGCUGCCAGUUGGCGAUGGCAAAAUCCCGCUUGACAUGCCCGGGAGGAUGGAAGGCCGCCUGCCAGGCCCGUACACCGACGAGACCAAGGGACAAAGAACAUUGUACCAUUGCAUAUAUGCAAGAGAUGGUCCCAAAGGCUCCACCGUGUCGUGGAAGGAUCUUUGUCCUUCCCACUUCAAAAUUUUUGGGGAUUUGACAUGUCGUGCGAGAGAAGUUGCGUCGCUCCUGCUCAUGAAGGGGAAUGUGGUUGCAACAAACGUCAAUGUCUUACCUCCAAGAGUGAACACAGAGUGCCUCCUCGACAUCAUGCGCAAGGAGCGGUACAUGGUGCGUAUGUUCAAUUAUGUUCUGUUCCGCGCCGAGGGAGGGGCGAACGACGAAUGGAACGACGCGUUCUUUAUGUCGUACAAGGACCUCGAAGACAUGUAUGGACCAAACGGUCUGUGUGCUGCUGAAUGGGAGAAGGAACGGGACAAGUUACAUGUCAAUAAGGCGAAGAUGAUCCCUCGACGACUUGGAGGAGUGGAGGAGGCAAGGCAAGGUGCGGGCUUGGGGCCUACGGCGGCAAUGUAUAAGGAGGCUCCGUUUCACCUUAAGGUUUUCAUAUACACUGCAAUCGAUAAGCUUGAUUUGCUUCGCGCUGAGGUGAAACGGAUCGCCUCCAGUGCACGGCAUAUUGUGUGGGACAACCUUGGCAAACAAACGACGUUGCUACCUGUGUGCAUGCCAUCGAAGGAAGUGUUGGCAGUGCCAGACGACAUCGUGCAAAGCGAUGUUCUGCGUCACUUGUUCCGCUGGGAGGACGUCGAAGUCAUCCCCGAGACCUGGAAACGGGUGGACAGGCCACCGAACGACAUCACACGAUAUGGCAAUAUGGCUACGACGAGUCGAGAUAUGAUGGCCAUUGUCCUGCACGCCGAGGGAGGGGAUCUAAAAAAAGUAACUGUCAAACCGCGACUUCUCAACGACCUCAAAAACGUGCACGUUGUAGAGGAAAAAUUCAGGAAGUGUCAAGGAAAACACGGUGGGAUAGAGGGCGAUGAUAGUGCGGUGUAUUCUAUCUGGGAGCGAGAGCCUGGAAAGUUGUGUUCGUUGUGCGGGUCAUUUGUCGGAGAGGCGGAAGGUGUGCUUUUGUUGGGUAGAGCGCACGCAUGUCUUGUGUGGGAGUUCUUACAGGCAGAUAAUAAUGUCAUUGUCUGCGACGACUCGGCCAAGGACAUUGCAUAUCUGACAAAGUUCGUCGAUAUACUUAUUAAGGAUGAGAGAUUCGCUUGUCAUGUCGAGAAGCCACGUUGCAAACAUCGCAGCAACAGGGACAUGUUCCACAAGUUGGGACCCAAGAGACUGAAGGUGUGGGAAUACCUCUUCCGCGAUGCGCCGCAAGGACGGCUUGACGGGAACUACAUAUACAGGAAAGCAAAGGUGACAGAGACCCUGAAACAUUAUCACGGUGCUCUUACUGGUGCCUUUGAGACUUUUGUUGCUCGAUGCGAGAUCCUGAAGUUCGAUCUUCAUAAAGACCAACUAACGGCCAAGGACUACGUCGAGCUCGCAAAAUCGGGUGACGGCUUUAACCCCGUCGACAGCGAGGAAGACACUUCAGAGUCCGACCUCGAAUUGGGCGAGGACACGGGUGGUGAAGGUUCGGGUGGUGGCAUGGUGCGGUCACACGAUGAAGGGACCGUUCGCUCCCAUGAAAGGCCCGUACCGGUGACCGCCCACAGUGUUGGCUCGAUGGUGGCCCCCAUGGAGGGCACUGGUUUGCCAAACAUGAGAAUAUGUGGUGCCAAUGAUGAAGAUGAUAUUGAUAUGCCAGGCGAGGCGUCGAAGCUCGCACCAGGCGAUCCAAUUCCUCCCGGCUAUUGUGCUGAUCCAACCACGAUUUAUUUCUUGGGGGGCAAACACGCCCGCACUGGAGAAUCCGGGCAGAGUGAGGGCGCUGUCAAAGCCAAGGCCAAAGAAUUGUUUUAUGUCUUGAGAGACAAUCGCCAGUUGGAGUACAAUUGGAAAUUUUACGCCCUGCGAACGAGUCCCUCAUGUGGGUCAAUCGACUGGAAGGUCAAUCAAACUGCUGGAACCAUGGAGGAGAGCAACUCUCAGGAUGUCGUGCCUUUGUCAGCAUCACCCCCCGUACCCACGCAGGCAGGGCAGAGGGAGGAUGACGGGACUACUGUGGUGAAGGCUCAAGAGGUUGACAUGACGUCUAUGCCGCAAAUCUCCGUCGCCACGACAGAACCGUCCAAACGCAUGGAUGUGUCAAACAGAUUGUCGUCAGAUGCAGGUGCCACGUACGGGAGUUUAUUGAUGACAUGCGCCGCAUUAGAAGGCAGAUCUGAAAUGGAGUCGGAGUCAGGUGUUGGCCUGAGCGUGCCGGACAGUCAGUUGCAACCGGAGUUAUGCACAGGCAAAGGUGAUGCACAAUCACCGCUGACACCACAGGGAGGGGCCGCUGCGGAUGGUGGGAAGGGAGGGGAUGUGGAGGGAAUCCUCCAUCCUCGCAAUCUUGAGACCUUAACCGAUGAUUUUGAUUAUGAGGGUGAGGGUGGAAAUGACGUGGUCAAUACGAGGGGAGUGUGAAAUGAUCGUGCAAAUAACAACAAAUGAUACAAGAUCGU